UUGUAGGAGCUCGUCCAAUGACAGUGUGAUCUUCCUUGAGAUUCCAGUCUUCGCUUGCCUUUAAUUCGGAAUCCUCACGGAGUAGAGCUGUCCCCACUUGCUGCUGAUCAGUUACAUUUUUGGGCAUCUACGACACGCCCGAACGUUCUGCCGUUUUGUACCGGCUAACCACUUUUGGCCGUUGCCUUCGUACAUUUAAGAGCGACCUGCCACCCACAGGCAGACGUUUUCUUGCAACCGCUGCUCAAAUCAAUUGUAAAAUGGCCCCAAAUACGACCCCAGUGACGGUCACUUCUACGACCAGUCAUGUAACGGUCGCGGAAGAGAGAAAGGGUACCGCAAAGCUGGAGGCCCUGCAAAAGGCUGAGGAGUGGGCACAGCAAAAAUGGGAUUCUGAAAGACCAUUCGAAGUGAAUGCCCCUGCACCAGGCGAACCUGUACCGCCCAAGUUCAUGGGCACGUUUCCUUUCCCAUAUAUGAAUGGCAUGUUGCACUUGGGACAUUCCUUUUCCCUCUCAAAGCUUGAAUUUGCGUCAGGCUACGAACGUUUGAAGGGCAAGCGAGUCUUGUUCCCAUUCGGAUUUCACGUGACGGGAAUGCCUAUCAAAGCAUGUGCGGAUAAGCUGAAGAAGGAGAUUGAUAUGUUUGGACCGGAUUUUGAGGGAUUCAAAGAGGAAGAUGAGGCUAAGGAGGAGGCCAAACCCGUGGUGGCGGCGGCCGCCCCGACGGACCCGACCAAGAUCACCAAGAAGCAUGGAAAAGCGAACGCCAAAUCAACUGGUCUGAAAUACCAAUUCCAAAUCAUGCGCUCCAUGGGCAUACCAAAUGAAGAAAUAAAGAACUUUGCCGAUAGUAAGCAUUGGCUUUACUACUUCCCGCCAAUGGCCAUUGAAGAUCUGAAGGCCUUCGGUCUCUCUGUCGAUUGGCGUCGUUCUUUCUUCACAACUGAUAUCAAUCCAUACUUCGACUCAUUUGUUCGCUGGCAAUUCAACAAACUUCGCAGUUCCAACCCGGCGAAAGUCAAAUUUGGAGAGAGAUAUACCAUCUACUCACCCCUUGAUGGUCAGCCUUGCAUGGACCACGAUCGGGCGACAGGAGAAGGUGUUGGGGUGCAAGAGUACACGGGAAUCAAGUUGCAAGUGUUACUGAAGGACCUGAUUGAUACUCCUGAGGCGGAGCGCGAUGAAGUAAAGGGAGUACCAGUUGGCAAAGCGUUGACCUCGCCACAGAUCCUGGAGGCUCUUGGCAACAGGAAACUGUACCUUGUCGCUGCCACUCUCCGACCGGAAACCAUGUAUGGCCAAACCAACUGUUAUGUUGGUGUCGACAUCACGUACGGCAUAUACGCGGUUAACGACUCGGAGGCCUGGGUUUGCACAGAGCGGUCAGCCCGAAACAUGGCCUUCCAAAAGUUGUUCCAAGAAGUUGGUGUUAUCAAAAAGCUUGGCGAGCUGAAGGGGUCUGAUCUGAUCGGCGUACCGCUGAAUGCUCCUUUGUCCAAAUAUGAGAAGGUGUACACCCUUCCCAUGGAAGGUGUGCUAGUGACGAAGGGUACCGGUGUCGUUACUUCAGUCCCCUCCGACUCCCCCGACGAUUAUAUCACCCUUCAAGACUUGAAGAAGAAAGCUGCAUACUACAACGUGCAGCCAAAGUGGGUGGAACCAUUCUUUGACAGCUUUCCUUCCAUCAUUCGCACACCGAACUAUGGAGACCGAGCUGCUGAAGCAGCUGUCAAGAAACUCAAGAUCAAUAGCCAAAAGGACAAAGUCCAGCUGGCAGAGGCCAAAGCGGAGGUUUACAAGGAAGGUUUCUACCAAGGGACCAUGAUUGUUGGAGACUUUGCCGGAAAGUCCGUUCAAGAGGCGAAAACACUCAUUCGCGCACAGCUCAUCGAGCAGGGAGUUGCUUUCCCUUAUUGUGAACCAGAGGGACUGGUCGUAAGUCGAAGCGGUGAUGAGUGCGUCGUCACACUUGCUCCACAGUGGUACAUGGACUAUGGUGAAGAGAGUUGGAAGAAGUUGGCUGAGGAAUGCUUGGCCAACAUGGAGACUUUUAGCACUGAGACUCGUAAUCAAUUUGAAAAGACCUUGGAUUGGCUCGGUCAGUGGGCAUGCUCCCGGAGCUUCGGUCUCGGAAGUCGCUUGCCAUGGGAUCCCCAGUAUCUGAUUGAGUCGUUGAGCGACUCAACUAUAUAUAUGGCGUAUUACACGGUAUCCCACCUCCUGCACGGCGGUACGUUGGACGGCUCAAAGCCAGGAGCGGCCAACGUCAAGGCAGAACAGAUGACAGAUAACGUCUGGGACUACAUCUUGCUAGACGGGCCCAAACCCGCGGACACUACCGUUCCUCAGGAAACAUUGGAUCGCAUGCGGCGGGAGUUCAAGUAUUUCUAUCCGCUAGACCUGCGUGUGUCAGGAAAGGACCUGGUCAACAACCAUUUGUCCUUCUUCAUCUACAACCAUACCGCGAUUUUCCCCAAGGAGUCAUGGCCGAAGGGAGUCCGGGCCAAUGGACACUUGCUGUUGAAUAACGAGAAGAUGUCCAAGUCGACCGGUAACUUUAUGACCCUGCGUGAUGCUCUGAAGGUCUAUGGCGCAGACGCAACUCGCUUUGCCUUAGCCGAUGCUGGGGAUGGUGUCGAAGACGCCAAUUUCCUCGAGAAAACUGCAGAUGACGCGAUCCUUAAGCUCUUCACCGAAAGGGAAUGGGUUGAGGAAGUCCUUACUCAAGUCGCAGAGGGAAAGAUGCGCAAAGGUGCCUACUCGUGGAACGACACGGUGUUCGAGGCUGAGAUCAACAAGUUUAUUGGGGAAGUUGAAAAGGCGUACACCAGUAUGCUGUACCGUGAUGCCUUGAAGUUGGCCUUCUACGAGUUAAGCAAUGCCCGGUCAGAGUACCGAAAAGCGACGACUGGACAGGGAGUCGGAUCCAUGGCCCUCGAGGGUGAAACGUAUGAGGGAAUGCACGAGGAUCUCAUUGUGCGGUACAUUGAGGUUCAAGCCCUCAUGUUGGCGCCGAUAACACCGCACUGGAGUGAGUACAUCUGGAGCACGUUGCUCAAGAAGCCCGAGUCCAUCAAGAAGGCUUUAUGGCCUAAGCAAACUGCGGAACCCAAUGAGUCUUUGCUUGCCGCUGCUGCCUACAUCCGCGGCAUGGCCUCAAAGGUCCGAUCAGCGGAAGACCAAGCCGCUCGUAAGAAGCAAAAGAAAGGCGCAGUGGACAAGGUGGAAAAGAUUGGCAAACUCCGUUUGUACGUAGCUUCAAGCUUCCCUGCAUGGCAGGAUGAAGCUGUGGCAGUUCUGAAGGAGACUUGGGAUGAGUCAACUGGCAAAUUCCAGGGCAAUGAGAAGCAAGCUCUCAUUGCCAAGGGCUUGAUGAAGAACAAGGCAGUUAUGCCUUUCGUUGCAAGCAUAAAGCAAGCCGUGGAAGCUCAAGGACCGGUCGCCUUUGACCGAAAAUUGAGCUUCAACGAAUUGGAGACCCUCCAACUCAACCUAGACUACAUCCGACGGGAAUUGGCUGUCUUGAAAGUCACGUCGGUGGAACUGGUAGAUCAAAAGGCGGCCGCAGCGCCACCUUACGACGCAGAAGAUGCAAAGAAGGCUGAUAAUGCUGUUCCCGGGCAGCCGACUUACCGUUUGCUCUAGAUUGUCGCUGUUAUUUUUUUAUUUCUCAUUUGUUAGACUAGUUUUAUGUUUUCACUUUGAAUUCCCAUGUUUGUCUUGGUUAAUGCACAAAUGACAUUGAUUGAAGGUCCCCACCCUA